GUGUCGACACCCGAACAAUUUAGAUGAUCAAAAUGACGCUUAACUUUUCAUUUAUAUUUUGUAUUGCCUAUGUUUGUCUUCGUCUUGGAUUUUGCCAAUAAUGUAGCCCACAGCCUAGCACAGCUUAUGUUGUCCAUGUGUUUGUCACCUGGAAUCUUCACUGUAGACUUCUUGACUCUCGUCUGGUUUACGUGCAAUGAAAUGUGGUAUUAAUAUGAUCGUUUUGCGUAUUUUAGAUACAAAAUGCACCACUUCCUCUGCAACUAUAACAUUGUACAUUGUAACAUUGUACUCGGUCCCAUAGGGGGCACUGCUGAGCUCAAACAAACUCAACUUCCCUGUUUUUUAAUAAUAGAUUACAAUACGUUCAAUUGGGUCAUUUCACACAGGUCGGUAGAAAAAACUGUCAACGGCUCUGAUUUCACAUAUAAACAUUAUCUGAGAUAUUAAAGGACUAUAAUGAACUUGAAACGGCACCCUAAAGUAUCUAUUUCCAAUCAAAAACAGGUUCGUCCUUCAUUUAAAAAACGUUUUUACAUGAAGUAGUAAUGCACCAGCUUAUGGUUUUGCUGAAGAGCUAACCUGACCCCAGUUCAGCUUUAUCUGCAUUCUAGAGUGGUAAUCAAACGAAAGGACACAUUUUGCUGCUGAUCUGGAUGCAGUAAGGCAUUCUGGGAAGGCAUGGGACUGUGAAAGUAUGGCGGAUGGGGAAGAGCCGGAGAAGAAAAGAAGGAGAAUAGAGGAGCUGACUGAGAAGUUAGUGAUGAAAUGCUAAAAGCUGGCUUCAGAAUGGCAGUAGAUGAAGGGCACACAAGCUGUGACUGGGAAGGACGCUGGAACCAUGUGAAGAAAUUCCUGGAGAGACCCGGUCCUUUUACCCACCCGGACUUUGAACCAAGCACUGAGACUCUUCAGUUUUUACUAGAAACAUGCAAGAUACUGGUAAUUGGAGCUGGAGGGCUUGGCUGUGAGCUUCUCAAAAAUCUGGCGCUGUCUGGAUUUCAACAUGUACAUGUAGUUGAUAUGGACACAAUUGAUGUCUCAAAUCUCAACAGGCAGUUCCUCUUUAGGCCAAAAGAUGUGGGACGGCCCAAGGCUGAAGUGGCAGCAGACUUCAUCAACAACCGUGUCCCUGGAUGUGAUGUUGUCCCGCACUUUCAGAAAAUCCAGGACUUCGAUGAAUCUUUUUACAGACAAUUCCACAUAAUUGUCUGUGGGCUGGAUUCCAUCAUUGCCAGGAGGUGGAUGAACGGCAUGCUGCUGUCUCUGCUUACGUAUGAUGAUGGCGUGCUGGAUCCCAGCUCUAUCAUCCCUCUCAUUGAUGGAGGGACGGAGGGCUUUAAGGGCAACGCCCGGGUCAUCCUCCCCGGCAUGACCGCCUGCAUCGACUGCACCCUGGAGCUCUACCCCCCUCAGAUUAAUUUCCCCAUGUGCACCAUUGCGUCCAUGCCUCGGUUACCUGAGCACUGUGUGGAGUACGCCCGCAUGCUACAGUGGCCCAAAGAGAAGCCAUUUGGAGAUGACGUAUUCCUGGAUGGGGAUAAUCCAGAGCACAUCCAGUGGGUGUUCCAGAAGGCCCAGGAAAGGGCAGCUGAGUUCAGCAUUACUGGAGUCACUUACCGCCUCACACAGGGUGUGGUCAAGAGGAUUAUCCCUGCUGUUGCAUCAACCAAUGCUGUAAUAGCGGCUGCGUGUGCGACCGAAGUCUUUAAAAUCGCCACAAGUGCUUAUGUUCCCUUAAAUAACUACUUGGUGUUCAAUGAUGUGGAUGGGUUGUACACUUACACCUUUGAAGCUGAGAAAAAGGAGAACUGCACAGCCUGUAGCCAGGUCCCUCAGAAGCUGCAGUUCCCCCCCUCGGCCAAGCUGCAGGAGGUGCUGGAGUACCUGACGGAGAACUCCUCUCUGCAAAUGAAAUCUCCGGCCAUAACAGCAACACUGGAAGGAAAGAAUAAAACGCUUUAUCUACAGACGGUUGCCUCGAUUGAAGAGAGAACAAGACCGAAUCUUUGCAAAACUUUAAAAGAACUGGGCUUGGCAGAUGGACAGGAACUGGCCGUGGCUGACGCCACCACCCCUCAGACCGUUCUAUUCAAGCUCAAUUUCACGUCCUGAACGAACACUCGCACUCCCUCGGAAGAACAUUGGAAUAUCAACUAUUUAAAUUAUGUUACAGCUAAUGUACAUACAUCUAAUUUUAUGUAUGCUUAUUCUUCAUCCUCUUGCCAGCCUUAGCUUCAGAUGUGUCCUGGCUCUUUUUUUGUGAGAAGCACAGUGUUGGUACAGAGGCUAGAGUGCAUCCAGGCUAUUUGAUUGCCAUACUCAGUGUAUCGCUAUCGGACUGAGGAGGCCAAGCACUACAUUUUGACAUGCAUUCUAUCUUUUGCAACUGAUUUCCUGGAUUUGCAUAGAGAUGAGCUGAUCCUUCACUUACUGUGUGACUAGGCAAACAGCAAGCCUACUGUUGAAAGGUACCCUGCUGUUUUGUGUUUGCAUUUUCACAGGAGUAUAGUUUAAACAGUGAGUCAGUGUACACCAUGUACAUUUGUCACUGCUGAUGUUUUUUAAUCUCUAAGGCUUGCUUUAAACUAUCGUGUCUAGGUUCAAGUGUAAAUACCACUUCCAUAUCUGAAGGCUUGUGGAAAAAUUAUGUGUACCAUAAUUAAAUGUUUUGCCUAAA